AUGAGGAGUAACAGUUCUCCGGAUAAACUUGACCGCAAAACGAUUGAGAGGAACCGAAGAAUACACAUGAAAAGUCUCUGCUUCAAGCUCACUUCUCUUGUCCCUCCCCACCACUUCAAACCAUCCAAGGACAUGCUAUCACAACAAGAUCAGCUUGAUCAAGUCGCUACGUAUAUCAAGCAAUUGAGAGAUAGAGUACAGGAAUUAGAGGGGAGGAAGAUUAAGCUAUCAUUGGGCACUAGUGGGAGUAAAAAUAAUACAAAAGAUUCGAUUAUGACUGGCUCAAGACUGCCGGUGGUAGAACUGCGAGAAUCGGGAUCUACUCUAGAAGUAGUUUUGGUAAGUGGAUUGGAAAAGAACUACUUGUUGUAUGAAGUCAUUAGCAUUCUUGAAGAUGAAGGAGCUGAAGUUUUGAGUGCUACCAUGUCAACUGUUGGUGAUAAGGUUUUCCACACUGUCCAUGCUCAGGUGAGAAUUUCUAGGUUUGGUGUGGAGACUGCAAGGGCAUGUCAGAGAUUGCAAGAACUGGUUUGCUGA